GAGAAGACGUGGCAGUUGACAGUCAGGUGAGGAACCAACAGAAAUCCACAGCAUCUGGAGCUUCUAGGGCAUGGUUCUGAAGUGGGUGCCCUUGCUGGAUGUCAUCUGACGCACUGCAAUGUGAUUAGACGGUGAAAGCAAGCAGAUCUGGAGUCUGAGGCUAUCCAGGGCUACAUGGGAGUCUAUGGAAAACAGCGAGAAGAUGGAAAGGAUUCGAACGAUGAAAACGAUGACCAGUCGUAAGUCCCUGUGGGUGCUGCUGUUGAUAGUUAUCUUCUGGGUCUCUUUUACACUUUUCAGAAACCCAUUGAAGAUAUGGGCUACAUUCAAGUUUCCUGUGUCCUUCAGUGGCUGGAACUUGGUCAUGAAAUCCUCGUGUCCUACAGUGCUUCUGAACCCACCAGUCUCACCGAAAGAGACAGAGCUGAGAGUCCGGGAGGUCCUAGAGAAGCUAGAUCAGCAGAUCCCUCCCAGACCCUUCACCCACCUCAACACCACCACCAGUGCCACACACAGCACAGCCACCAUCCUCAACCCUCGAGACACAUACUGCAUGGGAGACAAGCUGGAUGUGCUGCUGGAAGCUAGGGACUACCUGGGACGCAGGAAGGAGUAUGGUGGGGACUUCCUGAGGGCCAGGAUAUCCUCCCCAGCCCUGAAGGCAGGAGCCUCUGGAAAGGUGACAGACUUCAACGAUGGCACCUACCUGGUCAGCUUCACUUUGUUCUGGGAGGGCCAGGUGGCCCUGUCUAUCCUGCUUAUCCAUCCCAGCGAAGGGGUGUCAGCCCUCUGGAGGGCCCGGAAACAGGGCUAUGACAGAAUCGUCUUCACUGGCCUGUUUGUCAGUGGAACCUCUCAGGUCCACACCGAUUGCGCCUUGGUUCUAAACUCAAGUGCCGAGUUGUGCCAAUAUCUGGACGCCCAGGAUCAAGAAGCUUUCUACUGUGUGAAGCCUCCAAACGUUCCCUGUGCUGCCCUCACCCACAUGCAUUCAAAGAACAAAAAAGUUUCCUAUCUUAGACAGCAAGAGAGGAGCCUCUUUGAACGGUCAAAUAUAGGUGUGGAGAUUAUGGGAAAACCCAAUGUGAUUAGUGUCUCCAAAUGCAACAAAGAAGCUGUUCCAGCAAAAGAGAGGUGCAAGCUCGGGAUGGUACCUGCAAUCCCCAGUGGGCAUGUCUGGAAAAACACGUGGAAUCCAGCUUCCUGUAGUUUGGCUCCAAUCAAAAUGAAAGACUGCCUGAGAGGAAAAUUCAUCCAUCUGAUGGGUGAUUCCACAAUCCGCCAGUGGAUGGAAUACUUCAAAAGCAAAAUCAACACACUGAGGUCUGUGGAUCUGCACGAGACUGGAAAACUGCAACACCAGCUCGCCGUGGACUUGGAUGAAAAAAUUAACAUCCAGUGGCAAAAACAUGGUUACCCCCUUAUUGGCUCAUUGGUCUACUCGGUCAAAGAGAUAGAGAACAUGGCACGGAUAAUUGACAGAACUGGAGGAGAGAAAAAUACGGUCAUCGUCAUUUCUCUGGGUCAGCAUUUCAGACCUUUCCCUAUUGAUGUUUUUAUCCGAAGGGCCCUCAAUGUCCACAAAGCUCUUCAGCGUCUUCUCCUGAGAAGCCCAGACACUGUGGUUGUCCUCAAAACAGAAAACAUCAGGGAGAUGACCAGUGACGUGGAAAGACUUAGUGACUUCCAUGGUUACACCCAGUAUCUCGCCUUAAAGGAUAUUUUCCAGGAUCUCAAUGUGGGUGUCAUUGAUGCCUGGGAUAUGACAAUUGCAUAUGGCACAAAUGAUGUUCAUCCACCACAGUAUGUGGUUGGAAGUCAAAUUAAUAUAUUCUUAAACUAUAUUUGCUAGGAAGCACAUAACUCUGAAAGUCACUCAUUGAAGCUGGAAGAUACGGUGAAUCCUGCUGGCAUGCCAGCUACCAGGAUAUCCCAGUUAGUCCAAGGAGGUAGACUAAAAUUCCAGUUUAUCCUAACAAAGCCCUAGACUGGGUUUCUGCUUCAGCUGAAGCUAAAAAGAAUCAAUGAAAGGUCCUAUCUGUUUUUUUUUAACCAGAGCCAUGCUGCUCUUCAUCAACUGGGAGUUAGGGUUCCUGUGGGUGAGACCUUCUCCCUGCCCCUACAAGUUCAGAAAAAUGAAGCAAUUUUGUAUAAAAAUUUUUUAAAGGUCUUUGAUUCCAUCUAUAAAUAUUUUUGUGGAGAAUUUUUACAUCCAUGUUCAUCAAGGAAAUUGAUUUGUGCUUUUUUUCUGGGUUGUGUCUCUGAGUUUGACAUCCGGGCGACACAGACUUCAAAGAAUGACUUGGGUAGCAUGCCUUCUGUCUGUGAUUUGUGGAAGAUCUAAGAAGUGUUGGUUAGGUUUCUCUAAUUUCAUAGUAUUCAGUAGUGAACCUGUUCAGGCCUGGACUUUUCUUUGGAGACCUUUAAUUACUGCUUCAAUUUCAUUGCUUUUUAUGGAUCUUUUUUAAUUGUUUCUAUUUUCUAGACUUAAAUUUUGAUAGGCCAUAUACUUUUAGAAAUUUGUCUCUCUUCUAGUCUUUACAGUUUUUUGGAAUAUAAGAUUUUGGAUCAACCAAAACAAAAUACGCACGGAAACACUACCGUGAAACCUAAUAUUUUGUAUGCUGAUUUUAGAAUAAAUAAAAAAUAUAUAAAAUUUUAAAAUGGAGAACAUAUUAAAGUAGCAAUGAAUAAUAGAAAAUAUUUUAGUGAUUUAUUAUUAUUAUAUAUUAGAUACAAAAUUAUA